AUGGAUCAGCAAGGCCAGUCGAUUCCCGGCCCGGCAGGUCGACGCCUUCAUAUUGCGCAUAGGAGAAGCCCCUCAGAGCUCACUCCCCUCAUGAUGGAACAACUGGCUUUACAACAACAGAUCGAGUUGCUCCAGCAACAGCAGCAACAAAUUGCUGCCACCCAUCAGCAAUAUGUCAACAUGGGUCUUUUGCAACCCCAACAACCCCUCCAGCAUGUUGCUACUUACUCUCCCUCCAUGCAAGCCCAGGCUAUCUCUGGUGUUGCAACUCAUAACAACUUUCAGUUCCCCCAAGCCCAACAGCAGCAGCCACAACAUCUGGGCAUCCCAAUGAAUACUCAGAAUCGACCCUCCCACCGACGCAACCAGUCUGCUCUGCCUAAUGUGGGCGUGGGCCCACCCCCUGCUCCUUCCUCGGGUUCGGCUGGUACCAACUAUGGUGAUUACAACCAGAGUCAGGCCCAGGGCCAAGGUCAGAGUCAGGUUCCGUCCAAUCAAAAUCGGGAGAAUGGCCAGCAAUCUCGUGGCCGUGGUGGUGCCCCUCCAGGUGGCGGCCAUCAACGUCGUCAUUCACUGGCCCUUCCUGAAGCUAGAAAAGCUGCGGAACUGGCACAGCAGAAGCGAACAACCUCGGGCUUCCAAUUUCCAAUUCCAGGUGCUUCCGGUGCGUCUAGCACGUCGAAUCAAGGUGAUGGUUCCCCUAGUGAAAAAACAGUCCAACCCGCAACAUCUACCGCUCAAGCUCCUCAGGGACUAGGCGUUCAGCGUGCUGGAAACAUUCGAGCUGGAAGUCAUAUGCGUAGCCAGUCUUUAGCUGUAGGAAGUGGACGUGGUGGACCUCAGGGUGGCAGAGGUGCUGGAGGGUUCCAGUUUCCCCAGGCAAGUGAGGGAACUCCUGCUACGGAUGCACCUCGACGUACUGGUCAACAAGGGCAUGGUCGAUCAGCUUCACGCAACUUUGACAGCAAUUGGCGCCAGCAAAGUACUGGUCAGACUCAACCUCAAGAGCAGCAAAGAACUCCCAUGGGGAGUUUCGGACAGCAGCAACAAGGUGGAGCAAAUUUUCAAACAGGUCAUCGUGUCCGUAGUUCUGUGAACCAAUCAGUUGGAGCACUCGGUUCCUUCCAAUAUGCGGGUCAACCGCAACUCAUCCAGCUUCCCCAAGGACAAGUUGUUAUGGCACCUCCGCAAAUGUUUGCUGGUCAGCACUUGAAUCCUCUUCAGAUUGCUCAACUUCAGGCCCUUCAAAGUAGUCAGCUGAAUGGUCAAAAUCUAGGUUUACAAGCAGUUACUCAACACCCUGCUCCCCAGUUAUCUGCUCAACAACAGCAGCAACAGCAGCAGCAACAGCGUAAAACGCUAUUUACCCCCUACCUUCCCCAGGCAUCACUGCCUGCCUUACUCAAUGAUGGUCAACUUGUGGCCGGUAUUUUGAGGGUCAACAAGAAGAAUAGGUCUGACGCCUAUGUUACUACUCCAGAUCUUGAUGCAGAUAUCUUUAUUUGCGGAAGCAAGGAUAGAAACCGUGCCCUAGAAGGUGAUCUGGUUGCCGUUGAACUGCUUGAUGUUGAUGAAGUUUGGAGUCAGAAGCGAGAAAAGGAGGAAAAGAAAAAGCGCAAGGAUAUUACCGACACUAGAAGUGGCAGCACUACCGGGGUGGAUAAGACUUCUCGUUCUGACUCCGUCACUAAUGGUGAUGCCGGGCAAGUUGGCCCCGAUGGAAGCAUCAGACGCAGAGGAAGUCUCCGCCAACGUCCUACUCAAAAGAAAAACGACGAUGUGGAAGUUGAAGGACAGAGUCUGCUUCUUGUAGAGGAAGAUGAAAUUAGUGAUGAACAGAAGCCACUUUAUGCUGGCCAUGUUGUUGCUGUCAUCGAACGUGUGGCUGGCCAAAUGUUUUCCGGUUCUUUGGGUGUUCUGCGGCCCAGUAGUCAAGCCACUAAAGAGAAACAGGAAGCAGAGCGACAGGCCAGAGAUGGUAGCCACUCUCGUCACCAUCAUGAUCGCCAGCAGGAGAAGCCAAAGAUUGUGUGGUUCAAACCUACUGAUAAACGCGUUCCUCUGAUCGCAAUUCCUACCGAACAAGCUCCCCGCGAUUUCGUUGAAAAGCACGCCGAUUAUGCCAACAAUAUUUUUGUCGCAUGUAUUAAGAGAUGGCCCAUCACCUCGCUUCAUCCAUUUGGAACCCUCGUUGAACAGCUUGGUGCCAUGGGUAACUUGAAGGUUGAGACAGACGCACUUCUCAGAGACAAUAACUUUGCAUCCGACGAAUUUUCUGAUGCGGUGUUAAAAAACGUUGGCUUUGAAAACUGGUCCGUUGAGGUCGAAGGAGAAGCCUUGCUAUCUAGCAGGCGGGACUUCCGUUAUGAAACUACUUUCACUAUUGACCCCAACGGCACCAAGGAAUUGGAUGACGCCAUUCACGUCAAAACACUCUCUGACGGAAAGGUGGAAAUUGGUAUCCAUGUGGCAGAUGUCGCUCAUUUCAUCAAGGGCAACUCGCUCGUUGAUAGAGAAGCAAAGAAACGAGGCACCGGUGUAUACCUUAUGAAUCGGGUGGUUAACAUGCUCCCGCCCCGCCUGUCGACUGAAAUAUGUUCCCUUUUGCCUGGCGAGGAGAGAUUAACCGUCAGCGUCGUUUUCCAAGUGAACCCUGCUACCGGUAUCGUGGAAGGAGAACCGUGGAUUGGAAAAGCUGUCAUUAAAAGUUCCGGAAAGCUGACUUACGAUGAGGUAGACGCUGUUCUCGGUGGAAAUUCCGAUAUUCAACUUCACGGCGUGACAGUAGACGACAUCAAAACUUUGAAUGAUAUUGCCAGCAAAUUCAAAGAAGCGAGAUUUGGGAAUCGAUCCACCAGGAUACCGUCCCUGCGACUCCUGUAUCAGCUUGAUGAUGAGAACGUUCCGGUAGAACACAACAUCUUUGAAACCACACCGGCACAUGAACUCAUUGAGGAAUUAAGCCACAAGGCGAAUAUCUUCGUAGCCGAAAAACUUGUCUCCGCUCUUCCAGAGAAAGCAUUGCUUCGCCGCCAGGCACCACCCAAUUUCCGACGUCUACAGACCUUUGUUGACCGGAUGACUAGGUUGGGCUACGAUAUCGAUUCUACCAGCAGUGGCACACUGCAGACUAGCUUGUUCAAAAUUGGGGAUGUUGAGAUUCGCAAGGGUAUGGAAACACUUCUUCUCAAGGCUAUGCAGCGCGCAAAUCCAUCAAGACGGUAUGCAGAUAUUGUUGUGCACAGACAACUUGAGGCUGUUCUCUCCAAUGGUGAAUUUACUGAAGACAUCGAAAAUCUCACCAAAACUGCUGAGCAAUGCAACAAUAAGAAAGAUUCCGCCCAAAAUGCUCAGGAGCAAAGUGUCCAUAUUGAAUCAUGCCGCAUCAUGGACAAGAAGCGACAGGAGAUUGGAGGUGACCUGAUCAGCGAGGGUAUUGUCCUCUGUGUUUACGAAUCCGCAUUUGAUGUUCUCAUCCCAGAAUAUGGCUUUGAGAAACGCGUCCAUUGUGAUCAGUUGCCGUUGAAGAAGGCCGAGUUCCGUAAGGAACAGCGUGUUCUCGAGUUAUACUGGGAGAAAGGUGUCCCAUCAUCUGCCUACAUUCCAGAGGAUGAGCGCCCCAAAGCUGCUCAGAGUACACGUGCUGCCAACGCUGCUGCUGCCGCUCGUGAGGCUGAGGCUGCCAGGGAGCGGGCUCGCGAACGGGAAGAGGUUCAACGGAAACAGACAGACACCGGCACCAUCUCAACUGACGACGUUGACGCACUCUUUGAUGAUGAAGAUGAGGAUGACGAUAUCUCCGAGGUUACGGAGAUGGCAGCGGGCGUCUCUCUUAAUUCUCCUGUGGAUCGUCCCACCCAAAGUAUGCCCCCAUCCCCCACACGCAACGGCCAACCCCAGCAGACUCCCCACCGCACUCGUUCAGACCCGAAGAUCGCAUCUAGUACAGUUGAGGCUACUGAAACCAAACUGUCGAAUAAGGAGAAGUAUCUCAAGCUUUUCAAGCUGCGAGAAGAGGACGGUGAAUAUAUCCAGGACGUCACGGAAAUGACCAGGGUUCCAAUUAUUUUGAAGACAGACCUGAGCAAGAGUCCUCCGUAA